UGACUGAACCGGUCCUACUAUAUAUAGCUUUAUUUUAGUUUGUUUUACACAUCACAAAACCAUCCCUAGAAACAGUUUCACAGCUUUCAGUUGCUUUUCAGUGCUUCAACAGAUUACCGGCUUGAAAGAUUUGCUUGGAAAAUGGCACCGAUAACAUUGUACACAACUCGUCGUACACCGGCUGGUAGAGCCGUCGAAAUUACCGCAAAACUGAUUGGUGUCGAUCUGGACAUCAAAUUGGUGGACCUCACGAAAAAAGAACAAUUUACUGAGGAGUUUUUAAAGAUGAACCCUCAACAUACAGUUCCGACUAUCGUCGAUAAUGGCGUGGCUUUAUUCGACAGUCACGCUAUCAUUAUAUAUCUGGUAUCGAAGUAUGCAAAGAACGAUAGUCUUUAUCCAAAAGAUCUGGUGACACAGGCACGCAUCAAUGCUAUUUUGCAUUUCGAGUCUGGUAUUUUGUUUGCACGGCUUCGGGGAGCACUGACUCCAAUCUUUUACUAUGGAACACCGGAUGUUCCAGAAGAUAAGCUUAAUGCCAUCUAUGAUGCAUACGGGCUCACGGAAGCGACGUUGAGAUCCGACUAUUUGGUUGGAGAUGCUAUUACGCUUGCCGAUAUUAGCUGUAGCACCUCGCUAGCAACACUCAACGCAAUUUUCCCGGUUGAUGCUGAUAAGUACCCCAAAUUAGUCGCUUAUCUUAAACGAUUGGAGCAAAAUUUACCAAAUCACAAGGAGUACAAUUUGGAUCGUGCUAUGGAAGCGGAGGCAUUUUUCAAACAAAAGUUGAUUGAAAACAAGAAACAAUAAAAUUGAUUAGGUUGAAGAUAAUAGAUUAUUCCCUGAUCAGAAUUCAUUUGAAUCUCUGAAAUAAGAGCGUGUUCUCAAUAAAUCAAUCUCCAGCAGUCUC